AUGGAUAAUUGUAUACCUUUAACUCAAAUAAUAAGCUAUGAAACCUAUUCAAAAGAAAAUUGCAAUAUUCAAGGCAAUUCUUAUAAUUUGUACAAUGAAAAUAUAAUGGAAAAUUCGCAUGAAGAUAACGUAAUUAAUAAAAUCACAACCCAUGAAAAUGAUAAUUUAAACAAUUCAACAAAUGCGAGGCCAAAAAAAGGCAGAAAAAGAAAAUUCCCCGAACAAAACAGAAUGCAAAAAAAGAAAAAACUCAACACAGGCCAAGAGUACAUAAACCACAAGGGAAAAGUAGUGGAAAAGAAGGAAUUCAAGGGCGAAAACUUCGACUGCAAAUGCCCGAAAAAGUGCGCAGAAAAAUUGACCGUCGAGCAACGCAGGGCCGAAUUCAACAAGUUUUGGACGGCGGGCUCGUACGAAACGCGGUGCGCCCUGCUUCAAGGCUGCGUCAAGCAGAAAAACAAAAAGCGUUGCUAUAGCGACACGUCGCGGAGGCAGUUCACCAGGGAGUACACGAUUUGCGAUGUUCCGGUGUGCAAGAAAAUGCUGACCAACACUUUCAGUAUCAGUCAGUCGCGUGUAGAUGUCGCUCUGGCAAAGUUUUCCGCGCACAUGCCUUUGAACGAUCAGAGAGGGGUUAAAUCGGGCGGGAAGAACAAAAUUCCCGAUUCCGAGAUCGAGAAAAUGAGGGAUUUUUUCGAGAAAUUGCCGAAAUCUGGCGGGAAGAGUAGCUAUAUAAGCGGGGAUUUAAAUUUAACGAUUCUUUUUAAUAUGUUUACUGAAAAAUAUCCCAACAGUUGUAGUAGGUCGAGAUUUAAGAAGUAUUUUUAUGAAGAAUGUAAUUUAAGAUUCAAAAAAACGCCCAGCAGUAAUAAAGCGAGUAAAGGUAGUAAAAUCAAUCAAUUUAUGAGCGUGUUAAAUUUAUUCGGAAAUGAAGCAAACGUCACAAAAAAUAAUUUAAUUGAUAAUACAAAUAAUGUACAACUUACAAACUACGACUACUUAAACAACCAAUUUUCUUACAAUAAUAUACAAGAAAUUAAUGUUCCUUUAGAGGUGGAAAUAUCCACUGGAUCUAACGAAUACACGAAUGAAAACACUGUUAAAAUUUUCAGUGAAACCAAUACAAAUGUAGCCACCGAACAAAUGGCGAUAGAAUGUGAACCGAGGCCUCAAAAGGGCAGAAAGCGUAAAUUCCCCGAACAAAAUCGCGAGUUAAAAAAGAAAAAACUCAACACCGGUCAACAAUACAUAAACAACAAAGGAAAACUCGUGGAGAAAAAGGAAUUUAAAGGCGAAAAUUUUGACUGCAAGUGCCCGAAAAAGUGUUGCGAAAAAAUAUCUGUUGACAUACGCAGGGCCGAGUUCAACAAAUUCUGGACGUCGGGGUCAUUCGAAACGCGUUGCGCACUACUACAAGGCUACGUAAAGCAAAAAAACAAAAAACGGAACUACUCGAACACCUCAAAACGAAAAUAUACUAGGGAAUAUUCGUUAUACAACAUACCCGUGUGUAAAAAGACCCUUUUUAACACUCUUAGUAUAAGCCAGUCGCGGGUAGAUGUCGCCCUAGCUAAGUAUUCUGCACAUAUGCCUUUGAACGAUCAAAGAGGCGUCAAAUCUGGGGGGAAGAAUAAAAUACCGGACAGUGAAAUCGAGAAAAUGAAGGUGUUUUUCGACGAUCUUCCCAAGUAUGAUAUAAAAAAUUCCACAGCAAAAUUUUUGGCCCCCAACUUAAACUUGCAGAUUGUCUAUGACUUGUACAAUGCUAAGCACCCUAAUAGUGUUAGCCAGUCUAGGUUUAAAAAGUACUUUUAUAAUGAAUGUAACCUAAGGUUUAAAAAGGUCAGUAAGGAGGGUAAAAAAAAUGGCAAUAAAGUCGACAUUGUUCAACAAGCUUUCACACAAUAA